AUGGCAACAAAAAUCAUCUACUUUACUGUGAAUGGAAGACCAGAGCAGGCAGAGUUUCCAGUGGAUUGCCCUGCCCAGGAUGUCAAAGAUCUGUUCCGCUCUGCAGCUGAGGCAGGACCCCAUGACAUUCUGAAGCUGUACAACCCUAACGGCAACAUCAUCAACAUCUCCCCGUGCCUGGAGCCCAACAGUCCUAACUCCUGUUAUAAGCUAGAGGUGGUGGCUGCUGACUGCAACAGUGUGGAGCUUGCUGUGGCACUAGGAUUUGACCUCUCCUCCAUGGAGAAAAGACUGCAGGGCUUGGAGAAGAAGAUCCUGAUCGAGGCUGGUGAGACUCCUGCAGUCGUGUACGAGAUGAAGAGACAGGUGGAGUCAUUCCGGGAGAAACUUGAGAGUGUUGAACAUCUCAGCUGGCUGGGCCUAUUCAAAGAGCUAUCUGAGGGAACACAGAAGCCCUCUCCUUUCUACCACAAGAGAACGCUGCGCAAGACCAGAGAGGAAUGUGAACAUGUACGGGAAAAGUUCCUGCAGAUGAGUUCCCUGGAGGUUUCAGAGGAAGUGAGACAGUACCUCAAGACCCCAACUUUUGACAACUGGCAGUGGGAGGAUGCAGAGAUCAUGGUUCUACUGCAGGUCAUGUACACAGACCUGGACUUCAUUGCCACCUUUAACAUUGAGCCUGAGGUGCUGCACCAGUUCCUGUAUGAGGUGUACAAACGCUACAACAACAUCCCCUUCCACAACUUCAAACACUGCUUCUGUGUCACCCAGAUGAUGUAUGGGCUGAUCUGGCUGACGGACCUGAAAAGUAAGAUUGACAGCAUUGACCUGCUCACCAUGCUGACCUCCGCAGUCUGUCACGACCUUGAUCACACGGGAUACAACAAUGCUUACCAGAUAAAUGCUCGUACAGAACUGGCCCUGCGCUACAAUGACAUUUCCCCCCUUGAGAACCACCACUGUGCUGUGGCUUUUGAGAUCCUGGAGAAGAAUGAAAACAACAUUUUCAGAAAUCUGACAACUGAACAGUAUAAACGGAUAAGAGAGGGCAUAAUCAAAUGCAUCCUGGCCACUGAUAUGACGAGACAUAACGAGAUCCUGAACAAGUUCAAGUCCAUCCUGCCUGUCUUUGACUUCAGCAACAAGGACCACAGAGACGUGCUGAUGAUGAUCAUGAUCAAAGUGAGUGACAUCUCCAACGAAGCACGGCCAAUGGAUGUGGCUGAGCCCUGGUUAGACUGCCUCCUGCAGGAGUUCUACAACCAGAGUGACAUGGAGAAGCUGGAGGGUCUUCCUGUCACCCCGUUCAUGGACAGAGACAAGGUGACCAAGCCGUCCUCUCAGACAGGCUUCAUUGGCUUCGUCCUCUUACCCCUCUUCAUUGAGCUGGCUAACCUUUUCCCCUGCCUGGAGCAGCACAUCAUAGACCCGGUGCGUAAGGCCCUGGACUACUACACAGAGAUGGAGAAAGCCCUAGAGAGAGAGAAACUGAUCCGAGCACAGAGCGACAAGGCAGCUGCAGCCAAGAACACUACACCCCAGAACUUACAGAACCCUCAGAAAACAGCAGAUAGUCUGUCAGAGGCUGGGAAUGCCUUGAAACCACCCACUCUGUGAUGGCCUGCUGAUAGGCUAGUCUACAGAAUAACCAGGAGUAACCAACCAAACAAUGAAAAGGACAUUUCUGUAACAUUACUGACUGUGUCACAAAUAGGGCUUUGUGUUGUGUGAAUUGAAGCACUUAUAUGGUUCCUUUGGUCUUUGUAGAGACAAGUUAUUCACUAUGUCGUGGUACAGGAGUUGUCUGCUGUGUUUUGCUACAUAAAUGUUUUUCACUGCAUAUAUUCAGUUUUUCUAAAUAUUUGCAUAUGAAAAAUGGUUAAUUACAAAUAUGACAUACAAGACAUACGAAUAAUUAGUGUGCAGUUAUGUUUUUGUAUUAGUGAUAUGCUUAAACGAAAGACCAGA